AGGGGAAGGCAGCCAGUGAGCACUCUGAGUGAAAGUGUGUGAGAGUGAAAGGGCAGAGGGAGUGUGAGCGAAUGAAAGGGUGAGAUAAGCAGAGACAGCAGCAUCUCUUGAGUGCAUUGAGCUUGUAGCAGCUUAGGUGGAAAGAAGGAAGAGUAGAGGAAAAGGGGAGCACCAGCACUCACUCAAGGGGGCGACAUCACACCUCUCUCUCUCUCUCUCUCUCUCUCUCUCUCUCUCUCUCUCUCUCUCUCUCGCAGAUACACUCUUACACGUCACACACGCAUUUGUGAGGAGGCGUGAGGCUCAGGAGGAGGAACACCACAUACACGCGCGCUGUUCUGCUGGCUUUGCUGCACUUUUGGGAGCUGUCUCUUGAAGACUGGACCAGAGCUGUUUCCAUCGCUUCAUCCAUCCUUUCCUCCUUUCCUGCUUUCCAUCCCUCCAACGCAGAAGUAGCUCUCCGUCACACAUCCCUAGAUCAUUUGGACUGAUUUGCUUGCUCUGUCUUUCAUCCAACCUCUGAUCUAGUCUGCCUGCUUUCACUGCAUUCAGCCUGGAAAUCGAGAGUGACACAACCAAGAGGGAAAAAUAGCCAACCGACUGAGAGACCCACCUUGUAACUGCAAUCAUGAACUUCCUCCGGCGCCGUCUCUCUGACAGCAGCUUCAUGUCCAACCUGCCCAAUGGCUACAUGACAGAUCUCCAGAGGCCUGACCCAUCUGCUCCACCACCCCCUUCUGUUUCUUCCCCUUCCCAGCAGGGUGCAGCUCCUGCCACUGCUCCUGCCCAGUCCCCAACCAAAGCUCCUGCACCGUCCCAGGCACCAGCCAGCUCCCCUGCAGCUCAGGAGCGGCGCCCAUCCCAGUCAGCUCAGCAACCUCAACAGGCCCAGUCCUCUUCCUCUUCCGGUGGUUCUUCUGGGUUCUUCAGCUCCUUCAGCUCCAUCACCAACGUGGUCAAACAGACAGCUGCGUCCGCCGCUGGGUUUGUGGAGCAGUCAGCUCCCUCGCCUUCCCUCUCCAAGAGGUUCAAGAUUCUGCUGGUCAUUGAUGAACCCCAGCAUGAGUGGGCAAAAGUGUUUCGGGGAAAGAAGGUCCUUGGAGAUUACGACAUCAGAGUGGAGCAGGCUGAGUUCUCAGAUAUCAACCUCAUUGCACAUUCAAAUGGAACCUGCAAUGUGGACAUGCAGGUCAUACGGGGCGGCACCAAAGUGGUCAGGUCAUUCAGGCCUGACUUUGUCUUGGUGCGCCAGCACGCCUUCAGCAUGGCCCAAAAUGAGGAUUUUAGGAACUUGAUCAUCGGUCUUCAAUAUGCAGGCAUCCCCUCUGUCAACUCUCUGGAUUCCAUUUACAACCUCUGUGACAAACCCUGGGCUUUUUCCCAGCUGAUCAAUAAUCAGAAGCUGCUGGGCUCAGACAAGUUCCCUCUCAUCGAUCAGACCUUCUACCCCAACUACAAAGACAUGAUCACAACACCAAGUUUCCCAGUGGUGGUGAAGAUCGGACAUGCCCACUCUGGAAUGGGAAAGGUCAAGGUGGAUAAUGUGAGUGACUUCCAGGAUAUUGCAAGUGUGGUGGCCAUCACUCAGACCUACUGUACUACAGAGCCAUUUGUAGACGCCAAGUAUGAUAUCAGGGUCCAGAAAAUCGGCACCGACUACAAAGCUUACAUGCGAACAUCCAUCUCUGGUAAUUGGAAAAGCAACACUGGAUCUGCCAUGUUGGAACAAGUAGCCAUGACUGACAAGUACAAACUGUGGGUUGAUACCUGCGCAGACAUCUUUGGAGGUCUGGAUAUCUGUGCUGUUAAAGCCAUCUGUGGCAAGGAUGGUAAUGACUACAUUACAGAGGUUAUUGGCUCAUCUAUGCAGCUGAUUGGUGAUCACCAGGCAGAGGACCGCCAGCUUAUUUCAGAGGUGGUGUUGGCUAAGAUGAACCAAGCUUUAGCCACCAGGUCAUCUAGUGCUUCCCGUUCCCCUGCUCGCUCCCCUCAAGGCCAGAAGCCAACAACCGUUCAGCCCCAGCAGAGUGCUGCCCUUAAGGAAGGAUUGGCAGAUCCAAACAGGACUUCAGGCCAGCGCCCGCAACCUCAAGGUGCACCAGUAAAAUCGCAGAGUGUGGAUGUAUCAUCAGAAUCGACUAAACGAGCAUCUGAAUCAGUAACAAAGUCCAGCCAGUCCCAGAAACCUGGCCCAGGUUCAGUUCAGAAGCCAGCCCAGGCUCAGAAACCAAGCCCAGUUCAGAAGGCCGCCUCAGUCACAAGGCCUCCAGUACAGAGGCCUCCACCAAUGACAAGGGCCCCAUCUCUCACAAAGUCAACCCCAGAUUAUACUUCCAGCUCAGCCCCAACCAAAGCAUCACCAUCUUCUCCAGCUAAAGCUGCAGUAGCCACAGCCCCAGGAACACCCCCUACCAAAGCAGCAGCAGCCGCAGCUCCAGGCUCCCCUCCUACCAAAGCAGCAGCAGCAGCAGCUCCAGGCUCUCCCCCUACCAAAGCAGCAGCACCAGCAGCAGUUCAAAGUUCCCCUCCAGCCUCUGCUCCAGCCACAGCCUCUCCCCCAGCCCCUGCUGCUACCACAGAACAGCCCAAACCCCAACCUCAGGGCUCCCCAAUGGCAGCACCUGGAAAACCAAAAGAUCUGCCCCCGAAACCCACACCACCUGCGAAGCCCAUCCCUCCUGUGCGCAGGAAUUCUAAGCCCCAGCUUCAGCCAAAGCCACAAACCCCACCUCCUCCAAAAGCUUCACCCAAACCCCAGCCCACUGGCACAGCACCCACUCAGGCUUCAGAUACUGCUUCAGUGCCUGCCCCAACACAGGUUCAGUCUCCAGCCAAAAUCAGUCAGUCUUCACCUAAUGUCCAGUCCCCAGCUAAGGCUCAGCCUCUACCUCAGGCCAAGCCACCCUCUCCUUCCCCAAAUCCUGAGCCUGCUUCAGCUGAAGCAGCUGCAGAUCCCACUGAGGCCCAGGCCCCUGUGGAAGAGCAGCCCCAACAGAAGACCCAUCCUCUGUUGAAUAAGUCCCAGUCCCUGACCAAUGCCUUCAACGCCUUCAGCGACUCCUCUUUCUUCCGCGGGGUCUCAGGCUCUGGGGGUGACGGCCAAGAAGAGGCAAAGGCCGAGACUAUUCGCAACCUUCGAAAGUCCUUCGCCAGCCUUUUUUCUGACUAGGCACAACUGAAUUUUAGUCAUCCCCUUAUUGAUGCUGGCCCUCAGUUUACCAGUGGCCAGAUGUCUUGAUUGACAUUACAUGUAAACCAGUCUGAGAUUAAAGUAUGUGUGUUAACUGUACUGUAUUCCCCGCGUCCCGGUCCCUUUUCAGCUCCACUUUCAGCUUCCCUGUGUAGGUAACAGUGAGGUCUGCCAAGUAAGAAGUUUAAUGAAAAAGAAAUUGGAUCUGAAGGAGUUACGUCAUUGAUUUAUAAUAGAAUAUAUCAUUGUAGAAUAGGUAGGAAUAAUAAAAGAGCUUUAUUUUUCCCAGAGCACACUUAAUGAACAUGUUCAAAAGUAUGUGAAAAGUAUAAUUAUUCAAGAUUACAGAUGGCAUGUACAUACAGUAUAUAUACAAAGUAUAUAAAUAGAAACAUAACUAUAAAGGGAAAUAAGCCAAUUAAAGAAUAAAAUCCAACAGCACUUUUUAAUUAGUAUUUGUCAGUGACAUAACUCUUUCAUUUAGUGGCUGGAUUUAUACUAACUUUAACUAAUCAGAUGUUUGACAUUAGAUGGUUUCCUCAACAGUGACUCAAUGUUGUCAGUGAGUAAAAGAAAAAAAUCUUUAAAGGGUUUGUUCUUGUGUAACUCCA